AUGUUCAUCUAUUUUUGCCAUGAAUUCUGCUAUUUUCUCGCUGCACACAUAUUUUCAUAUGAAUUAGAAGCUGAGUUAGAAACUGAGUUAGAAACUGAGUUAGAAGCUGAGUUAGAAGCUGAAUUGGCACCCCACUUGGCAGAGGAAUCCUCCUCGAAGGCUGUGCACCUUGACGAAUGGAGUGUAGUUCCUUUCACCAUAUAUCAGGGCACAACCAAGAUAUUCAUUCAUAGAGAAAGUAAAUCACACAUGGUGUUAGUGAAGAGGAACGGGAAUCGUCCUCUGCUGAGGUAUUCCAAAUUGAUGAGACUCUUCUACAUAAGAAAAUAUUUAGAUAGAAAAUGCAGAGAAUCGAAAAAGGAGAAGAAGACAGAGAUGCUGGGGAAGACACCCAAGCUGGAGAAGACCCCUUUAAGUUGUGAACCUCUCACUUGCAGGAGUAAGAAGAAAACCAUAUCUGAAGGUACACCAGAAGUGAUAACAUUUGAAGAACUGGGAGUAGAAAGUUGGUUAAUUAAAAUAAGCAAAAGUGUGCAAAUUAAUUACCCAACAAAGAUACAACAAUUGUGCUUACCAUACAUUAUGAAAGGAAAUAAUGUGAUUGCAACAUCAGAAACAGGGACAGGAAAAACCAUAUGUUAUUGUUGGAGUAUCUUACAAGAAUUAAAUAAGAACUUAUUUGGAAUAUUUGCAUUAGUAUUACUUCCAACAAGAGAAUUAGUAAUACAAGUUAUUGAACAAUUUUUUCUUUAUGGAUUUAAAGUAGGUAUAAAAGCUAUUUCAUGUAUAGGAGGUUUUUCUCUCAUUGAACAGAGGAAAAGUGUACUAGCGAAACCACACAUCAUUGUUGGUACCCCAGGUAGAAUGAGUGAUAUUAUAAAUAAUUGUGAAGAUGUAAGAAAUUGUUUUAAAAGAUUAGAAUUUUUAGUUUUAGAUGAAGCAGAUUUGUUAUUGCAAAAAUGCUAUGAAAUGAAUUUAAAAAUAAUUUUAGAAAAUUUACCAAAAAGUGGUAACCAAGACAUUGGAGAAGGAAGAGAUAGAAGUAGCAUAAAAAGAAGGAGAACUCUUCUCUUCAGUUCUACCAUUACUGAUUCGUUGAAUCUUUUGUUGGAAUCAUUUCCAAAUGAUAACUUAAUUCUUGUAAAUGCUAAUAAAAAACAAAAACCACUAAAAAAUUUGGAUCAGAGAUAUAUAUAUAUAGACGAAAUUGCGCAGUUAACAUACUUGGUUUAUCUGUUAAGGAAUAAAUUAGCUGAUCAAUCAGGUAUUAUUUUUACUGACAAUUGUUAUAGAUGUGAAUUAAUAUAUACUGUCUUAUCUAUGUUGGGAAAAUUUUCUGUAGAAUCUAUACAUUCAUCAAAAGAUCCCAAAAAGAGACUAGCUACUUUAGCAAAAGUAAAAAAUGGGUUCUGUAAAAUUUUAGUAGCAACAGACAUAAUCAGCAGAGGUAUAGAUAUUCCAAAAACUUCAUUCGUCAUAAAUUUUGAUUUUCCAAAUGAUGCAGUAUUGUAUAUUCAUAGGAUUGGAAGAACUGCAAGAGCAAACAGAAAAGGAUUAGCCAUAUCUUUUGUAGACAAGAGAGAUAUCAACUCAUUCAAUCACGUUAAGCAAAUUAUGAAAACAGCAUUGAAGUUAUAUCGUAUGAAUAAGAAGGAAGUUCUUCAAGAUAUGUUUAAAAUUGGUCGAGUCCUUAAGAAAGCUGAAAUGCUUCUCAAAGAACGAGAAGAUGUGCGCUUAGAAAAUAGACAUAUGCAACGAUUUUUACACGAUUCCAUGUGA